AUGACGCGGCCGCACAUCUCAACGUCCAACAUCCACCUCAAAUGGUCCCGGAACCUGCCGCCAGCCGUGACCGUCCGCUCUGGCGACCAAGUCACCUUUGACCUCCACGAUGGCCUCAACAACCAAAUCACACCGUCGACGACAGCCGCCGACCUUGCUGGCCUUGAUUCGACCCAGGCCGAUCCGGCCUUUGGCCCCGUCUUCGUCGAGGGAGCCGAGCCCGGCGACGUGCUGCGGGUCGACAUUCUUGAGCUGACGCCCGCGGGCUACGGCUGGACUGCCAUCCUGCCAGGCUUCGGCCUGCUGUGUGACGAGUUCCCGACGCCGCAACUCAAGCUGUGGGAUCUGUCCGGCCCCGCCAUCAGCCGCGGCAGCACCGAGUUCAAGCCCGGCAUAUUCGUCCCCAUCCGCCCCUUCCUCGGCGUCAUGGGCCUGGCCCCGGCCGUCGACGGUGAGCUCGACACCAUCCCACCGUACGACUGGGGUGGCAACCUCGACUGCAAGCACGUCACCGAGGGCGCGAGCCUUCGUCUCCCCGUUCAGGUCGCCGGCGCUCUCUUCAGCUGCGGCGACGGCCACGCCGCUCAAGGGGAUGGCGAGGUCUGCGGCACCGCCAUCGAGACUCCCAUGCGCGCACGCCUGCGUCUGACGGUCGAGAAGGAUAAGCCCUGGAUCCGGUCGCCGCACUACAUGACGGCGCCGAAGCCGGAGCCGACCAGAGGUUGCGAGUACGCCGUCGUGGGCAUCGAUGCCGAUCUCCGCGAGGCCGCGAGGAAGGCCUUGCGAGGCGCCAUCGACUGGCUCGCCGCCGAACGGGCUCUGUCCAGGGCCGAAGCGUACAUGCUUUGCUCCGUUGUGGCCGAUCUGAAGAUUGUCGAGGCCGUCGACAUGCCUCACUAUGCCGUCGCCUGCGCCGUACCUCUGGCCAUCUUUUCCAGCCCAUCCGGGGCAGUCGCGGUCCAAGGGGAGUGA